CGAAAAAUUUUUACUUUUCGCCGCCUCUUCGGUUCUUGUAUCUGACAUUGACAGACAAGAUAUUUAUUAACCGUAAUGGCUGAAAAUCUGAUGAAAGUUCCAGUAAAAGGAAUUCUAAAAAAUUCUACAAGUUUUGAAGGCUCGACCUCCAGCAAAGGGUCCACCAAUCGAGGUGCGAAAUGGGAUGAAAUGAAUAUUCUAGCUACCCACCAUCCACCUGAUAAAGAUUAUGGCCACAUGAAAAUUGAAGAGCCUAAAACACCAUUUAGUUAUCAGGGAGAAGAUUCUGGUGAUGAGGAAGAUAACCAUGAGCUAGAUAGUAAACUUCUCACAGAAAGGUUGAUGGCUGGUAAUGAGAAACUUCCAGCCCAGAUAAGUGAAAGCUUUGUUAGCGAAGAUGAAGAAGAAGAAACUCCAAAUGAUAAAGCUAAAAGGAGGUCCUUUGAACACAAACGUAAAGCACACUACAAUGAAUUUAUGGCUGUCAAAUUAGCAAGACAGCUUAUGCAGAAAGAGGAAGAUGAUGUUGAAAACAAUGAAGAAGAAAGAUUAUCUGAAAAGAAUGUUCACCUUGAAGUAAAGGAAGCAGUUGAUGAUGUAGAAGGAAUGGACAUAAUAGAUCAGUCUCAGACUUCCAGUUGAAUGCACUAAAACCCCUGACCAAUUGAUUUAUUUGUAGCCAUUUUGCCCAUCAGCCUAAUUGAAGAUUAUUUUCUCUUGGUCA